UGGUUGGUCGGUGGUCCGGUGUCGGAACUCAGAAAUUGCAAUCGGUGACUUUUCAUCUCCAAUCUGAGUGGCAUUUAGCGAUACUGUGCUCGUGGAUAUUCUAUUUUUUUUUACUGGAACUCCAAGAACUCCGGACGUGCUCCGGAGUGUGAACAAAGGGAAAGAUAGAAGAGCGCGUAAGGAUAUUGAGGCGCGCAAAAACGCACGCGGUGUCUAAAAAUGGCGAAGGCAUUUCGCGCGGUGACAGUAUCGACUUUGUCAAACAAUGGACUGUCGACACCGAAAUACGAUAAGCCGGUUACUCUCAAUAUCAACUAUGACCCCCAAGGCCUCAGCAUCGAGUUCGUCUCAGGGGAAUCUGCUGAGAGUGAUAAGACCUCAUUACUGGAAUUCCCAGUGACCCAUACCACAGAAUGUUCUCGAGUAGCAUCGCAGAGUUAUGUAUUUACAUUGGAUACAGACAGUUUAUUAAUAACAUUUGCAAAUGAAUCAGACUUUCGAAACUUCCACUCGCAAAUAUUGAAACUUAAAAAUGGAAGAGGCAUCUCUGCAUUCAACGAUAGAACAGAGGAAUCUUCAGCUAUGCAGUAUUUCCAGUUCUAUGGCUACCUUUCACAACAGCAAAACAUGAUGCAAGAUUAUAUUAGAACGAGCACGUAUCAGAGAGCAAUUUUGGGAAAUCUGUCAGACUUUAAGGAUAAAGUAGUAUUAGAUGUAGGUGCUGGUUCUGGUAUAUUAUCGUUUUUCGCGGUUCAAGCUGGCGCAAAGAAAGUUUACGCUGUCGAAGCUAGUAAUAUGGCAAAUCACGCCGAAUUGCUAGUAGCAGCAAAUAAUCUAUCCGAUAAGAUUAUCGUUAUUGCUGGUAAAAUAGAAGAAAUCGACCUUCCUGAACGUGUUGAUUGUAUAGUGAGUGAACCGAUGGGAUACAUGCUAUAUAAUGAGAGGAUGCUAGAAACUUAUCUUCAUGCCAAAAAGUGGCUCCUUCCAGGUGGAAGAAUGUUUCCUUCUAGGGGUGAUCUUCAUAUAGCACCAUUUUCCGAUGAGAAUCUUUAUAUGGAACAAUUUAACAAAGCUAAUUUCUGGUAUCAAACUUGUUUCCAUGGUGUAGAUCUCUCCGCGAUGCGGAACAACGCGAUUAAAGAAUACUUUAGACAACCAAUCGUAGAUACAUUUGAUAUUCGCAUUUGCAUGGCUAAAUCAGUUAGGCACAUAGUUGACUUCCAAACAGCCGAUGAGACUGAUUUACAUAAAAUAGAAAUAGACGUUGACUUUCACAUACUAGAAAGCGGUACCUGUCACGGACUUGCUUUUUGGUUUGAUGUUGCAUUUAUUGGUUCCACACAACAAGUAUGGUUAAGCACAGCACCCACAGAACCGUUGACACAUUGGUAUCAAGUGAGGUGUCUUCUAGAAAGUCCACUUUUUUGUAAAAGUGGACAACUGCUCUCAGGAAAAGUAAUCCUUGUUGCCAACAAAAGACAAUCUUAUGACGUUACGAUAGAUUUAAAGUUGGAAGGCACGAAUAUGGAGAGUAGUAGUAAUACGUUGGACUUGAAGAACCCGUACUUUAGGUACACUGGUGCAGCAGCACAGCCGCCACCUGGCCUAAACAAUACUUCACCUAGCGAGUCAUAUUGGACCACCCUUGAUGCGCAGGGUGCUCGUCAAGCAGUAAAUAUGGUCAAUGGGAUGUCCGUUAACGGUCUCGGUGAAGUGUCCAUGGACACGAGUGGAUCUGUCAAUCCUACUAAUUUACUUGCAAUAGGAGGUCAACCUAACAUACAUCCUGGCUCGAUUUCAAGUACAGGCCGUGGGCGAGUCGGUGGGACAGCAACAAGUACGCAAGCAGCUCAACUUAUAGGAGGUGGAAUUACACCAAACAUGUUUACUUCGCCAGCAACCCUUGGUGUUACUUUCCAGCAAUCGCUGGUACUCGGCAACACCUCGCAUUAUCCGGUGAAUCCGAGUUUGAUGAUCGGUGACUACGUGACACCAGGCAAUGGCAUAUCACCUCAGGCAUAUCGACAAUGAUGCACGGGGAAGCCCUUUCGCACGGCGUUCUCCCGCAAAGCAAAGCAAUUACAGAACGAUCAUCAUCACCACUACCCACAUCAUCAUCAUCAUCAUCAUCAUCAUCAUCAUCAUCAUCAUCAGAGCAGUAGCAACAGCAAGCAAAGUCGCAGACUCGUGUUCAGCUCACCCACCAGUAAGCUUCGUCUUGCCUCAGCCGUGCGAAUCCUACAUGCUGUCAGUCUCGCCAGUCUUAAUCCCGACCUGACGAGCCUCAACGAGAAGAACGUCAGCCGUAUCACCGAGAACAAUAUCUACUCGGGCACAGGAUUCGGAUGGGGUGCUAAUAGAAACAAAUCCCUCCUGGAGGCGCGCUGGAGAAGGCUUCGGGCUGUCGUCUCGUAGCCGUCGAUCACGUCCUCGUUAUUAAUCUGCCUAGAAGAUUCGCUCUUCCAGACUCAUAGAGCACGCUCGCCAUAAGUUCUUCAGAAGUAUGAUGAUAUUUUUCAUGACAAUACCAGUUUAUAGCGUGCCCGUGGAAGAAGCGUGCCGCGCAUAACGUUCAAAUACGUUUUAAAGAAACGAAACAUAUGUACACUGUUUUUCCUCUCCAGCUCGAUCUCAAACGAUUAUAAUAGUGAGCGCGACACCCUCGUUAUAUUUAAUUAAAGAUGAUGCAACUGGUUUGUAUUGGAUCUUAGGAUACCUAUGUGAUCAAUGCUGUGACGUCAUUUUAACGAAGCAUCCCGUACCGUUUGUCAUUGCAAGUAUUAUUAGUAUUCUCCUGGUAAAGUUUUUAGUGAUACGUCAAGAGAUUUAGUUGUCUCACCUCUACUGUGAGUAUUUACCAAAUACCAGGCCAUCGAUAUUCAUUGAUAUUCGUUGAUAGAAUUGGUAUCAAUCAGUGCAAUGAUCAGCGGUACAAAUUGAUACGAAUCAAUCUCGAUUAACUUGUGACAUCAAUUACACAUUCGUAUGACGUUCAUUCGACUAUCUUACCUAGAAGACGCGCGAAAGGGCCUGCAAAAGACAAUUCACUAUGAGACGAUGAGAACAUCGAUAAAAAUCAAAAGAGUACUAGAAGUCCAAAAGUAGAGGCAGAAGAAAUUACUUGAAAUUAAAUCGGUAUACGAAUUACAAUUUAUUUUAAUGUACAGCUCCAAUGCGAGUUCGAAUGCGCCAAUUGUGAAUUCGUUUUGCGCCAAUCAGCAAAGUAGACACGCUACAUAGAGGUCCUAUUAUGCGGUUUUAAAAAUCGAUCUCAAAUGAGAAUUAAGAUUGCGAAAGAGGAGAGAGUGGGAGAAAAGAAGGAGAAAGAUCAGUGUAACCAAGAUAAAGAGAUAUUACUGUCCGUGAUCGUGCAAUGGUAAUUUUUCACUUACAAAAUACUGUAAGGUCUUGCGAAUCGAUAGCAACGCUGUAAAACGACACUAUGACUCACGUAAGAUGAUUCGUAAUAUUUUUUUUUGUGACAAAAAUGGAAAAGAUAAAGCUCCUCGAGUACAAGGCGCGAUUGGCGAGAUGACUUUUAAGUGACAGGCACUGCUGUAUCUCGUGCCAAACGUUGCUUGCGUGGUCCCCCGUUGUAUAUACUCGCUUCUUCCAUGUCUAUUUUAUUUUUUCUUUCAUUCACUAUAUAUAUUUUUUUUUAUACGACCGAUGACUGAAAUUUUACAUUGUAUACCUCAGAAGUAAACCCGGUUGUCUCAAGCCUAACGUGGGUAAGCGUCACUCUCCUAAUUGUUAAGUAAUUGAAAGCCACUUGUCGCUUAGAAGUAUUAGAAGCGAAAUCCAACGACGCCGCGUAUCUUCAAUUUAAAUGGCAAUGACGCUAGUGAAUAUUUAUUGCAUUCGGGAGAGAAACCGAAUGCCGGUAGUGUUGUUAUUAUUUCAUUCCUUUGUUACGGUGUCUUUCUUCUUUUUCUUUCUUUCUCUUCAAUUUCGUUUUUGUGUGGAUAUCGACGUUCGUUCGUCGUAGAUCUUUACUUUGAAUUUCACUUCUUUUAUUUUCUGCACAUAUGAGAUUUUGACAAGAACGGAGGGAUAUAUAUAUAUAUAAACUUACCGAAAAAUGAAAACGCUUCAGUCAGUAUUUUAAGUCAUUAUGAGUGACCAUUCGACCGAACGAUUCUAGUUUUUAGUCCUUGUAAUAUAUAUAUAUAUAUAUAUAUAUAUAUAUAUAUAUAUAUAUAUAGCACGGAAGUAAUGCGUACGGUAUUUCAAUGUGGUUACGUAUAAUUCUACGCUAAUGUAAUUGUGUUGUAACGAUUUAACGAAUCAUUAUCGUAGCUGAUAAGACGCCUAUCCGAUUAUACAUAUUCUCUCGUACUCGUGCGAAUAAGAUGAUGAGGAGAUGACAGAAAAAUCAAGGAACUGUGCAAAGGAAUACAAAGAUAAAAACCUUACGUCCCAGAAAUACCCAUUACAUUAAUGUGGUUUUUUUUUAAUUGUCUCACCGCUACGUCGCUGGACGUCUGUCGAAUCGCCCCGGCGAUAUCGCGAACAUUGAGAACCGCACUUUACAUCCUGGAUAACAGAAAUAAUACUUAGUACCUGCGUCGAAUAAUUAUUGAUGAAUUUUCAUGAUAUUUGGUCCAUCAAGCUACAAGCUGGACUCGAUCUACAUACUUGAUGAUAGCGUUCUGUUUGACGUUGAAGCAUCUUAUCGUGGGUUUUGUUGUAACCUUUUUUUUUUUACAAUUUUUUAAGCAUAUUUUUGUCGCUCAUGACUGUUUCCAAUGAUCCGCCCGGUUUGACAGAUCGAAUGUUAGUUAUGUAAACUCUAGUCCUCUUCACUACUUCACAUCACAGGAAGUCGCAUAUACAUUUAGUAAUUUUGGCCUGAGAUUAUUUCUCAUGAUUAAUUAUAAUUGCGAGGGAAAAAAAAGGAAACAAAAAAUAUAAAUUGAAUAACAAACACCGUACCAACCGGUGCGAUCCGACGCGAGGCCAGUCCGGCGUUACGCUUAUAAUUCUUCUCUUCCUCGUUCCAGCUGCAGCAUCCGACGUGCUCUUUUUUAUACUGAAUAUACUCGGGACUCUAUUACGUUCCGCGGAUCCAUUCUACUAGUAUAAGAUAUACUAUAAUACCUAAGCUAAUUAAUAAUUGAAUUAAAAUAAAUUAAGUUGAAAUUUUACCUCACUGGUUUAUUUAUUCUUGCUCAAAAGGCUCAGGCUGACGGAAUUGACGAAUGAUUGAGAGUGAACUGCGCACCAGCUGAUAUCCUGGAGGUUUAAUUGCGGUUAGGUAAGAUCGGCAGGACGUAUCGAAUGUAGUUUUUGAACUUUGUCUUUUAUGAUGUAUGUCUGUAUCAUUAGCACUGUAUACUUUAUCCGUGUCGAUUUUCCAUUUUAUUAUUCCAAUAGGAUCAGCUGGUGCUUAUAGGUAUAAACACACUGUCUCGGGGUCAGGAGGUCACGCACAUUACUAUCUACCUGCUGACCUCAGCUUCCAUGUAGUACUCGUAGAUGUUUAAUUGCUAGGUAGGUAAUUUUAAUGCGUGUACGCUAGGUAUGUGUAAUGCACGAUCAUGUGACUAUAGUGCCAUUUCGGCCAAUAAAACAUCGUUCUCAUCAA